AUUAACGAUGAACUAGUCAAACGUUGAGCAUGUACUUUUGUCACCACCAUAUGUUUAGUGGAUUUCUAUGGGUUGUCUUGGGCGAACAUUAGAAUGUGGUUUUGGAGCGUAUCCAUGCUUCUUGUGUUGUGUAAAAAAUUCUAGAGAAUCGACCACAACACGACUUACUUACACACUUAUUCUUGUGUUUAUUACAUUUAUAUCAAUUGCAUCUCAUGAGGGUGGAGUUUUAAGUUCGCUGUAUCUCAGACAUAGAGAAAAUUUUGAGCGGUUUUGCUCUCAGAUUGGAGCCGGUGAAGGAUGUUACAGAAUUAUAGGAUAUAUUGGGGUUUAUCGUAUAUGUCUUUCUCUCUUCACUUUUCAUAUCUUGAUGACAUUUCUUACCAUCGCAGUCUCUUCCAGUCAGACGUUCAGGGGAAAAAUUCAUAAUGGGUACUGGUUGUGGAAAUUAUUCUUUAUUGUCAGUGUGUGGAUAACUGCUUACUUUUUCCCACACUUGGAAACUCUCACCAGAGUGUGGAUGAUUAUGGGAAUCGUUGGUGGGAUUUUAUUUGUCUAUGUACAACACAUAACGCUUAUCGACUUUGCUUAUGAAAUAAAUGGAAAUUGGCAUAAUAAAUCGAAAACUUCAAUUUUUUAUACAUUAGCUAUAUAUAUUGCUACCUUGUCACUGUAUGCUGUAGCUAUUUGUGCUUAUACUGCCUUUGUACUCUUCUACGGUUUACCUCGUCAAUGUACAUUAAAUCUAACUGUCACUGGUAUUAACGCAGGUCUUACAUUACUAUUUGCUAUAUGCUCUGCAUUUUCUACCAUAUUAAGAAAAGGUCAAAUGUGGUUACCAGGUGCAAUCACAUCUGCAUUUGUCGCUUUUCUAACAUGGUCAGCUUUAGGCAGUCAACCAAGAAUUUUAUCGUCGAAUUUUCCGUGGCAAAAACAAACAGUGAAAAAGAUGAACGAUGUACAACAGCAAGAGCGAAAUUUUACUAUUCAUCCGCUAGUUGUUGUUGCAGAUCAGUUGAAUCGUUUAUUAUCUGAUCAAUUCACUCAAACCACUAAUCAAGUCAAAACAUCACCAACAUUGACAUCUGAAUCGAAACCAAAUAUUACUGACUCAAUUGUUUUAAUUAAUGAAUGCCUACCUGGUGGUGUGAAUAAAAUCAGUGAACACUUAGGCAAAGAUAUUGUUACAUUGUUAGGAAUAACAGUUGUGAUCAGUGGAUUUGUAUAUUCAAGUUUCCGUGCAUCUAUGCAAGCAAGACGUUUAGGUAUUCGAACACGAAGAGAGCGUUUGAAAGCGGUCCUACCACCUAUUCACGAAAAUAACCAAUUUAAUGAAUCUCCUUUACAAUCUUCCAAUAAUAACAAACCUAACCAGUCUUCCAAUCCAGUUGUAACCAAUGACUUGAAUAAAUCUCCAAUACGUUUUAUGAAUUAUAAAGAUGUAAAACGACAAGAGCAUGCAUUAAAUCUACUUGCUGACGCUGUGGCUGAUUUACCUAAUCCAAAGGUUUUCCGUAGACCUUCAGCACGUCAACCUCGAUUAAAUUUACAAACUCUUAAUACAUCAGAUGUAAUAUCUCAGAACAUAGGGAAUAAUGUAGGCAAUUGCGGUGUAAAAAAUACAAAGAAUAAAUUAUCCUCAUCUCAUAAUAAUGAUGUCACUGACAACAAUCACAAUGUUACUACUACUGCUACUCCUACUACAACUACUGGUAAAUCUACUUUACGCUUAUCAUCCUCUGAACCGGAUUUGACAAUUACUAUGAGAAAUUAUUCACGUCAACGUGGUGAUAUACGUGAUUUAGAUUGGUCAAUAAUUAAUAAUGAUGGUAAUAAAAAUAAUAAAUCAUCAAAGCACAAAACUGAUAAACGAUCCCGUGAACAUUCAUUAACUUCAUUGAAUCAUCGAAUUGGUUAUUUACGUCAUAAAAAACUGAAACGAUCUAAAAGUCAAUUGAAAUCAACAAAUGUUUUAAAUGACAGUAAAAUUAAUGAUAUACACGGUAAUAAUAGUUUGUUAACUUUUGGCGAAGGUGAAGAUAAUGAUAAUUCAAUAUUGAAAGAAACUAAACCUUCUUCUAAACUUCAUUUUCGGAAAAAAAUUAAAAAAACAUGGCGUGGAACAUGUCGUUUAAAUUCACAUGAAAAACGAAUUGUUAAUGAUUUAUACUUAUUUAGUGCUGAUAAUCUCCCUGAAAAAGUUGGUCCGAACAUUUACUUAUCUGUUAGUCCAACAACAAAUAAUCCCAUACCAAUGUUAGCUAAUGUUAUUAGACGAUCACCAUUAUCUAGUAAAUACUAUCCACAACCAUUGAAUUUAUCAACAAAUCUGUCAUCUAGUCAACAGACGCAACUACAACAGCAUCCACCUCAUGAUGAUAUUGAAUGUUCUGCGUUGACAUCACCUAAUCAUUUAAGAUAUCGUCAAGCUAGAUGGGCCAGUGAAAUAGCAUUGAAUAAACGUACUAGUGGAUUAUUUAAUAUAGAACCUGGACUAGUCAAUUCACUAAGUAAGUGGCGAUUUUCAAUUUGAUGCAAGGGUUUUAGUAUGUUUAGAGUUUUUCGGAUGUCUUUUGUUUUGCAAAAGUGUUUAAAUAUAAGUUUUAUCAAAAAAAUAAAGCCGAAUUACGCUGCAUUUGAAAUCAGGUAACAAUAGACUUGUACUUUAUUCUGAUAUUUUCGUGUGAAGGGGUUCACAGCAAUGUACAUUCUGAAUUUCAUCGAAGAACAAACACAGGUUUGUUCCUCAUUUCAAACCACUCAGUAAUAUAGAACUAUUGUGGUGUAUACUACUUAUGUUGACAGAUAUAGUAGUAUGUAACACCGAUCGGUAAUUGAAUGCGUGCCAGAAGAAAAUUGAGAAGAUCCAAUUAAGUAGAACAGAAAGAGAAGUUGAAAGCAGUCGCAAUAACAACAGAGUUGAUAGACUUAUGAAGCAUGUAAAGGGCAAAUGAAGAUGUACAAAUAAUAUAUUUGAUGUAUGAUUAUCAUAUUUUACGAAAGGACUCUUUAAUUUAGGAUUAAACAAUAAGUCGGUUAUCUACACCUGAGUUCCAAUUCACUAAACUAUCUUCAUACCAUAUUUAUAGUGAAUUAUUGUGUUAAAAUCUCGGAAACUGUGAUGAGACAGCUGCUUUCAAUAGUUUUUUAGUUGAUAUCUGUAUCACUAAAACCAUGCAAGUCUUUCCAAAAGAAAGUGAUGUGUGUGGGCUGUGAUACUGCCCGGGUGCCCAAACCGAAGCAGGUGGUUUUCUUAGGGGGCCACACCCGAAGUUUUCGACCUAAAGGCCUACUCCAUAAGACAGUAGAGCGUCGUAAGGAGAUGCAGUCCCAUGGUAGCCAGUGACCAACGAUUGGUUCAUACUCCAUUCGUGGUUUCAGGAUUGUUAUGACCUUGGAUGUCUGACUUUUCGAUCACACGACUUAUCUACCAAUCCGAAUACGACUUAUACGAAUCUUCACACUAGGCCAACCAAUGACGUUCAACCGGUGUGGGCAGUUUAGCGUCCUUAUUGGUCCUAUAUCCUACGAGCCCUUCCACUUGAGUCCAGAACACAACACCAGUUUCCGAAUCAGAGCAGAUCGUUUAUUUCAGGCAUACUUGGUUUAUAUAUCAAUCACACAGACCGCAACGUACCAUAAAAUAGGAAAUAAUAUUUGUACACAAAUAAGCCCAAGAAGUGGCUGUGAAUGUGGGAGGCAGUAGCUAAUAAACUGAACAUAACUUAAGAACCGUAAAUCGUACAAUAAUAAAUUAUAGAUCAAAAUAAAGCUUAUCAUAAAAGGAAUAUAAAUAUACAUAGUGUAAUUGUUGAGUAGUUAUACAAUAAGAAUAUUUAUAGAAUAUUAGUCCAUGAAUAGUCCUCGGAAGUUACCUGUAAUUUAAUCUUCACCGGAUAUAACAAGGAUACUGGAGCCUGUGUACACCGUAGGUUUGGAUUCAGGGUUUUCCAACUCCCCAAGGUGAACUCUCCGUGUGCACCAACCCGGUUAAAGCACCGGACAUUCGCUUUUCGUCCUCUCAAUUUCGUAAACAACACCGGUGGCGUGAGAGGGCGGUGAGUAGGAAUUCCCUGGCAGAGGCUAUAUACGCGUGGCCAUGUGAGAGUAUUUCGAGAGGGAUAGCGGACCCUCCCCACUGUUGGCCGUACCAGGGAAUUCGGGGGCAUUAUUCAUAAUGUAUACUUUUAAUUCAUUGGAAAAUUUAACAUAAUUAAUUUUAAGACUGGUAAAAAGGUAUCCAGUUCCAGUGAGUGACGUAUUGUACCGAUUCAUGAUUUCCAAUGUAUAAUGAAUAGUAUUACCUUCAUACUUUGGCUACAUCAAACAUGUCCAUUUCUUAAUUGCUUUUUCAUACAUCAUUAAAUAAUCAACAAUCAAAUGCGUCAUGUUACAUAUGAAAAUCACCAAAUGUUGGGAAAAAGUUAGGGACGGCCAAACCAAAACAUGACAUCAGAUCAUCAAGUCAUUGACUGUUGAACUGAGCCGUAUAGGUAGGUCCACAUUACCUGAUUGAAUUCCCCAUGAUUGUCUUAACCAAUGAUCUAUUCCCUAGUCAGGAAUCCGAUUGUCCAUUAAGUCACGUAUGUGGUCAAUAGGACCAGUGACCUUCUAUUUUAGGAAUUACCUAACCGUUCAAUAAACUACAAUCAAGGCGUUAACACGUAUUAGUCCUCAAACCUUUUCUAACCCUGUGGCCAUUUAGAAGACACAAAUAGGAAGCAGAUUAGUUAUCAGUUGUGCUCGAUUCAUUCGUUGCUCAAAGUGCAUACAUUAAUGUAUUUAAAAUGACUGACUACACGACACACCAAACGAGGGAUUACACGUUAAGCACAAUCAUACCAUAAGUGGUAGGGGGGCGGAGCAAACAGUACAUAAUUAAUUAGCAAUAGCUCAGGUAUAUUAAAACGCUCAACAAAGGUUAAUGGGUUUACUGAAAUCUUACAUUAAGAAGCAUAUAGAAAUGAAACAAGAAUGUUGUCUACUAAUCACACAAAAAAUUAUAAAAAAAAAUAAUAAUAAUCCGAAAAAUGGUUCCGAAUGUUCCGAUUUUUCCAAUAUCCAUCGCCGUAUAACAAUAUUACAUAUGCCUAAUGUUUUCUGCAGUCACUAAUGCCGUUACUCUUUCUACUACUCUAUUAUCUCGCUGUACUGAAAGUUGUGUAGCAUCGUGAACAGAUACACGUAUGGCUGGCUAACUGAAACGUUGAGAAAUGAAAAUAGCUGUAAGAAAACGACUUUCACAUUUUAUUCGAAAAUAACAUUUUUACUGUAUACAUGUAGAUAAAAGAGUGACUGUAUAUCAUACAAUCACCUUGACCUAAAUUAUGUGUCCAACAUCCGAAGUUCAAACCAUUAGUAAUAAGUCAGUCAAAAAUCAUGUAAAUCAUUCUUCAGUGAUGUUUGGGUAUAAUCGUCCAUUAUUACAUAUUGAUUAAAGUAUAGUAACGUCAAUUGUUAAUUACGGAUCUAUCGACUGGCCGUGAUGAUUUGUUUAUUCUCGGUAGAGGUUUAUGGUGUACAGUGUUGUAUGAUGCCGAACAUGAGUGAUUAAGACAUCUUUUAUUCCAUAUCGUUUUAUUAUUCAAAUCACUAUCGAACGAAUUUAAAACACUAACUUAUACCACACUAGAAUCACGAACCGACUUAAACUAGACGAAUAUUGAAAACCUAGAAGCACUGGACAGCCGUUUCUCUAGAGUGGAGGACUCCCCAGCAGUGAGUAUCUAUGACCCCACAACCGGGAGUCGAGCCCAGAACAUUCUGUUCCCGCCCACGAACCCUUAGCCUUUAGACCACUGAGCUGUAAUCGAAUUACUGUACAAGUCUAACUUCGAUCAAUCCACUAUAUUGCUCUAUCACGUUUCUAUACUGACAAUCGACUUAAACACUUUAUUCUUAUAGAUCGUCUCACAUUUUUCAAGAUUCUUUUCAUGGACAGUUAAUUUACUA